CCUCCCCAUGUUACACAACUUCCUCUUUUACCUGUCUCCCCUUCCUCUCCUUUUAUAAAAUCCCCAUUCCCUCCCUUUCCCCCUCCUUCACUCCCACACCACCUCCUCCAUUGAUCUCUUCCCUUCUGCACAUUAUUGAGCCAAAUUUUCCUCAAAACCCUAGACUCCUUAUCCUUCUUCUAGCUAUUUGCAUUUCCAAACCCAAAAUACAUACAUAUAUAAACAUAAGAAAUUAUGUGCAGCUCAAAGGCCAAGGUGACCUUAGGGAUUGAAGUCACACCCAUUGUGGCUAGAAUCAAUGGCAGGCCAGUCCUUCAGCCUAAUUGCAACCGGGUUCCUAGCCUAGACCGGCGUGGUUCGAUUAAGAGAAUAUCGACGCCACCACCACCUCCACUACCAUUGCCAGCUUCUUCUGCUAGUACAAGUCCUAGAACUACCAACAAGGCCUCACCAUUGUUAACACCUCCCAUUUCUCCAAAAUCGAAGUCUCCACGGCCACCAGCAAUCAAGAGAGGAAAUGACCCUAAUGCGUUGAAUUCGAGUUCGGAAAAAGUUGUGACACCAGGAGGUACCACAAGAGCUAAGACAUUGGAGAGGAAGAAGUCCAAGAGUUUUAAGCGGGCUAGCGUUGGUGUUGAUGUUGGUGCUGAUCAUGGCCGCUUUAGUAAUGGUGGAUUUUCUCCUUCAAAUAUCGAGGCGUCGUUGAGUUAUUCGUCUUCUUUGAUCAUUGAGGCACCUGGCAGCAUUGCUGCUGGGAGGAGGGAGCAGAUGGCGCUUCAACAUGCACAGAGAAAGAUGAGAAUUGCGCAUUACGGUAGGUCAAAGUCUGCCAACUUUGAGAGGGUUGUCCCUGUUGAUGCUUCUAGUAAUGUAGAAGCCAAGGCAGCUGAAGAAGAGAAAAGGUGCAGCUUUAUCACGGCUAACUCAGAUCCCAUCUAUGUUGCUUACCAUGAUGAAGAAUGGGGAGUUCCUGUCCAUGAUGACAAGAUGUUGUUUGAACUCCUUGUGUUAAGUGGAGCUCAAGUUGGCUCAGAUUGGACUUCCAUUUUAAAGAAACGUCAAGAUUUCAGGAAUGCAUUUUCAGGAUUUGAUGCAGAAACUGUGGCAAAUUUAAGUGAGAAACAGAUGAUGUCAAUUGCUUCUGAAUAUGGCAUUGAAAUCAGCAGGAUCCGAGGAGUUGUAGACAACUCUAACAGGAUUCUUGAGAUUAAGAAGGAAUUUGGAUCAUUUGACAAGUACAUCUGGGGAUUUGUCAAUCAAAAGCCCAUCUCACCACAGUAUAAAUUAGGCUACAAAAUCCCAGUGAAAACUUCAAAAUCAGAGUCGAUUAGCAAAGACAUGGUUCGGAGGGGAUUUAGGUUUGUGGGUCCAACAGUCGUUCAUUCAUUCAUGCAAGCCUCAGGCCUCACGAACGACCAUCUGAUCACUUGCCACAGGCACCUCCAAUGCACCUUAUUGGCAGCCCGCCGCCCGGCAUUGGAAGAAUUUCUGUAGAAUUAUUGACAUCAAAGGGAGAAAAAGAAGAAGGAGAAGAAAGUCAUGGACAAAAUUUAUAACCCUAGUGUGUUCGAUGCUCAAAAUAUUAGAGAAGCGUGUGCAUAUAGUUUGCUAACUAUAUCUCAGAAAAACAAAAAAGUAGUUACUUUUGAUGGUUGUGAGUUGUGUGUAUAAUAUAGAUUAGAGGAAAGAAUUGUGACUAGAUGUGAGAUUUUAAUUAGGGUUUGAAAUGCGUCCACAGCCAAAAUUUGCGAUCAACAUCGAAAAUGUAUCAAACGGUUAGUUUUCACGUAUAGAUGAUUGAUUGUAGUAUUCUUAAUUUCUUUUAAUUAAUGGGUUUGAAGUAGACAGAUGAGUUUGAUAAUUGAAGACAAAGGAAAGGUUUGGGAUGGAGGGAGGUGGUGGUGGUGUAGUGGAAGCUCAAGAAGGAGACAGACAUCAUGUGCAUAUGCAUUUGGGAGGCAAGGCAUGUGUUGGAUGUCAGUUUUUGCUUUUGAAUUCCUUUAACAGGCUGUGUCCUGUGUGGGAUACUACCAUUAUGUGUAUCUCUCAACCGCUUUGUUAAUUGAGUUGUUAGUGUAUUUUUCUAACUUUUUUUUUCCUUUUUGCUUUGGGGAAAUAUUAUACCGCCAUUGUAUUCUUGGAUUUGAUGUGAGAGGUUUUGAGUGUUUUUCAAUCAAAUGGCAUGUGCUUCUGUUCUGAUUGCUGCA